GUUACACCCAAGUUUCUUGAAUAAUUUCAGGUUUAAUCGCAAGACGUCACAUCACACACUCUUCUCUUUCUCUUCUUUAGCUUUUAUUUGAUGUCGGCAACUAAUUCACCGCGCCAAGGCACAAUGUCACCCAACAAUCCAUCGCAAGAUGACCAGCUACCUCAUCUUUUAUCGUUGAAAGUGAUGCGUUUAUCACGACCUCAAUUAACGUCCACCUUGCCCAUUUAUUACGAAUCUACACCUGACGGUAAUUCAGCACUGGUAGAUGGACUUGAUUCUUUAAACAUCUCGGAUCUGACUGCUUCUCACCCCAUCGAUGUGAGUAAAAGCACUGAUUUACAAAUCAGAGAUUUCGGCCUCAGUCAAAUGUUAAAACUUCCAUCAGCUUUUGGCAACAUAUACCUUGGAGAAAACUUUAGCACUUUUAUCAGCAUUAACAAUGAAUCACCUUUUCCAGUACAUCAAGCGGGUGUCAAGAUCGAGUUACAAACGUCUUCUCAACGAUUCGUACUGUCAGAUACCACCGCUACGCCCUUAACGACACUCGAGACAAGGGCAACGUAUGAUACCACGGUGGCGCACGAAAUCAAGGAACUGGGUGUACACAUCCUUGUUUGCACUGUCAAUUAUAAUGCACCAGACGGUCGCAAACGUCAUUUCCGUAAAUUCUACAAGUUUCAAGUGUCGAAUCCAUUAGCAGUGAAAACCAAGCUGAAUAAUCUGGCUGAUGGACGUGUGUUUUUGGAAGCUCAACUUCAAAAUGUCUCUGCAGGACCCAUGUUUUUAGAACGCAUGAAAUUUGAGCCCUCUGAACAUUUUGUGUUUGAGGAUUUAAAUAGUGUGGUGCAUACCAAAGAAGCAUCUGUCUUUGGUGAUAGCUUUAUUCACCCUCAAGAUGUGAGACAAUAUCUAUACAUGUUAUCACCCAAAAACGAUCAAAAUGAACGUAUCUCGAGAACGACCAACGCACUUGGAAAGUUGGAUAUUGUAUGGAGAUCUUAUAUGGGAGAUUUAGGUAGAUUACAAACGUCUCAAUUGACACGAAAGGCCCCCAUGUUGGAAGAUUUAGAAGUCCAGCCGUUUUGGGUACAGGAAGGACCUGUGCGUGUGGUAUUAGAACACCCAUUUAAAUUAGGUAUUCGCAUAAAAAAUCAUUCUGGCGAAAAUAUGAAGUUGGUCUUAACCGCAAUCAAAACAAAAAUGGGAUCUGUCUUGUUAAGUGGACUUAGUAGUAGGCAGUUGGGCGAUGUGCAUUCCAAUCAAUCCACUGAAACUCAGUUAGAAUUUUUCCCAUUGACUUCUGGUUUACAAAGAGUGGGUGGAUUAAGAGUCAUGGAUUUGAUGUCGGGAUAUACCAAAGAUAUCGAUCACGUAUGUGAUAUAUUUGUACUCUCUCAUGUCAAUGAUUCUAUCGAAUCAAUUUAACACAUAUAAUAAUAAUAAUAAUAAUAAAAAACGUCCCAGGUACAUUUUGCAUAAAAAAAU